UAUAUAUUAUUGCCAUUGGUCAUAUCACCUCUUCAAAAUCAAAAUCACCUAAAACUAAUCUCAACUUAAUUCAUAAUGGAGUUUGAAAGUUGCAGUGUGAUUGUGCCAAGUGUGCUUGAAAUGACAAAAGAUCCCAAUAUGGUAACAGUUCCAAGUAGAUACAUCCAACUUGAACAAGAUCAAGAUAAUGUAGAUCUCAAUUCUUCUUCUGAUGAUUUUCCAGUUAUCAACUUCCAAAACUUGUCAUUGCCAAUCUCUCAUAACUCACAACUCUAUCAAUCUGAGCUCACUAAGCUCCACUUAGCAUGCAAGAACUGGGGCUUCUUUCAGUUGGUAAAUCAUAGUGUAAGCAAUUCUGUGGUAGAGAAAAUGAAGGAAGAAGUAAAAAAAUUGUUCGAAUUGCCAAUAGAGGAGAGGGAAAAGCUAUGGCAAAGGCCGGGAGAAGUAGAAGGUUUUGGUCACACUUUUGUUUUUAACGACGAACAAAAAGUUAAUUGGAAAGAUGACUUAUUUCUCUUUAUCUUGCCACAUGCAUUGAGGAACCCUAAUUUAUUUCCCAAACUCCCUUCUUCAUUAAGGGAAAUUUUGGAAAUUUAUUCAUUAGAAUUGGCAAAGCUAGCCAAAAGUAUAAUCUCCCAAAUGGAAAAGGUUCUUGGAUUAGAAAACAAAGAAAUUUCCAAAUUAGUUGAAGAUGGAAUGCAAUCAAUAAAUAUGAUCAAUUACCCUCCAUGCCCUCAACCAGAGAAAGUUAUAGGUGUGAAACCUCAUUCUGACACUGCAAUCCUUACCAUUCUCCUUCAAGCCAACCAAGUGGAAGGCCUCCAAGUCAAGAAAGAUGACAAGUGGGUCCUUGUGAAGCCUCUCCCAAAUGCUUUCAUUGUCAAUGUAGGAGAUAUAAUAGAGAUUUUAACAAAUGGACUAUAUCCUAGCAUUGAGCACAGAGUUGUAGUAAACCCUAAGGAGGAAAGGCUCUCAAUUGCUACAUUUCUAAAUCCAAAUUUAGAAUAUGAUAUAGGCCCAGUCUCAAGCUUGAUCACUCAACAAAAUCCUCCCAAAUACAAAACAGUGACAAGUAAAGAAUAUAUCAAAGGUGUAUUUUCCAAUGAACCUGAUGGAAAAGCUUAUGUCGAUAUUAUGAAAUUGUAUUAAACCUUAAUUAAUUACAUCUACUGUAGGACUUGAUUGUUAUUGAGGUGGAUUUUAUCCUUGCUACAAAGGCAAAAGAUACAUUACUAGUUACUAGUUACUAGUUACUAGUAAUAAUGUCUUUAUUCUUAAAA